CUGAAGUCCAGCCCUAGAGGAGCGAGUCUUCGCCUUCGCCCUUGCCUUGCCCCCGGUUUUACCUCUUCCACUCAUGAUUUCACUACAACAGUUUCAACGAAAUGUUGACGCGGAAAAAGAUGACGAAAUGGUGUCUAUAUAUACAAGGUCAGUUCAGGCUUACUCAGUGCCUCAAUGGCUGAGAUUAUAAUGCUCAUAGCCAAUCAACACACUUCCGUAGCAAAUGGGGGGGGCGAUCGAACGGGAGUGUUUUGUAGUUUUCACCCAGGUCCGCGCUCUAAGUAUUUAGAAACGCGACAAAGCAAAACAGGCAUCCAUUACAUCAUUCUUCUACGAAGAUUGAAUAGUAUACGAACAUGUCUGGAAGAGGUAAAGGAGGUAAAGGUCUCGGGAAAGGGGGCGCCAAGCGUCAUCGCAAGGUUCUUCGCGAUAACAUCCAGGGAAUCACCAAGCCCGCUAUCCGCCGCCUGGCUCGUCGUGGUGGUGUGAAGCGUAUUUCUGGUCUCAUCUACGAGGAGACUCGUGGGGUUCUGAAAGUGUUUCUGGAGAACGUGAUCCGUGAUGCCGUCACCUACACCGAACACGCUAAGAGAAAGACCGUGACAGCCAUGGACGUCGUCUAUGCUCUGAAACGCCAGGGACGUACUCUGUACGGCUUUGGUGGUUAAAAAUCUCAUCUCACUCUGCUUAGACCCAAAGGCUCUUUUAAGAGCCCCCCAUUUUUUUUUUACAAAAGUUUAUUCCAGUUUUUACUCGUUAUUCUUUUUCUCCAGUAUAUUGUGUAUAAGAAUGAAAAUGAGCCUUUUGGGGUCAAAACGAAGCCAAAUUGAUCAGUGCAAGAAAUUCUUUCCAAGAAUAGUAAAAUCAAGCAAAUAAGCGGCACAAUAAAUAGAUCAAGCUGAGAGAAUUUGUGCAAAUAGGAUUUGCAUGGACAUAAGAAUCGCAAGUAUUACAACCAGUCAAAAUUGAGUAAAUGACC